UUGCUGAGACCCGGAGUUGAAGACGGGGCACUUGAAUUAGCUUUAACAGAAGAGAAAUGGAGGAACCAUAAAACAUUUAAGGAUGAAUUCAGGAAGACCUGAGACCAUGGAAAACUUGCCUGCCCUCUAUACUAUUUUCCAAGGAGAGGUCGCUAUGGUGACAGAUUAUGGAGCCUUUAUCAAAAUCCCAGGCUGUCGGAAGCAAGGUUUGGUCCAUCGAACUCACAUGUCAUCGUGUCGUGUGGAUAAGCCCUCUGAGAUUGUAGAUGUUGGAGAUAAAGUAUGGGUGAAGCUUAUUGGCUGAGAGAUGAAAAAUGAUAGAAUAAAAGUAUCCCUCUCCAUGAAAGUUGUCAACCAAGGGACUGGAAAAGACCUCGAUCCCAACAAUGUUAUCAUUGAGCAAGAAGAGAGGCGGAGGCGGUCAUUCCAGGAUUACACUGGACAGAAGAUCACCCUCGAGGCUGUCCUGAACACUACGUGCAAGAAGUGUGGAUGUAAAGGGCACUUUGCAAAGGAUUGCUUCAUGCAACCAGGAGGGACCAAAUACUCUCUGAUACCUGAUGAGGAAGAAGAGAAGGAAGAGACAAAGUCAGCAGAGUUAGAGAAGCCUGACCCUACAAGGAAUUCUUCUAGAAAAAGAAAGAAGGAAAAGAAGAAAAAGAAACACAGAGACAGGAAAUCAUCUGACUCUGACAGCUCAGACUCUGAGAGUGAUACAGGCAAGAGGGCAAGACACUCAUCAAAAGACAGCAAGGCAGCAAAGAAGAAGAAAAAGAAGAAGAAGCACAAGAAGAAGCACAAGGAGUGAGAGUAGAAAGAGUGAAGGGGGUGGUGGUUGAGAGGAGGUUCAGGAGCCUUGUGCCUUAACGCCAUGACUCCUAAAAAGCCUUGAUACUAAGGAUAUGACCUCCCACCCCAUUACUUCUCUCCCUUGGGAAAUGACUUCCCCUGGCGCAGCUGGCAGAUUUGGGAGUUAGAUGUCAGAAACAUCUGCUUGAAUGAGUUGCUUCCUUAUCUUUUUGGUCCCUUUGCAAGUGACCCCAUGCAGCUCACCCAUUCAUUCAUUCAUUCAACUUCAUUCACCAGAAGGUCCUAUUACCCUUUGCAGCUGCCACUGCCAGAGCUAGAUUCCUGUAUGGGGGGGAUCUAGGUUAGAGCCACAGGUGAUACUACUGUGGUGAGUCUGGCUGUAGUUAUAGUGCUGCCCUUUACUUAUUAUUGGGUAAUCUCUGCUGCAUCCAAUAUGGUGGCAGAGGUAGAGUGGCAGUAUGAGGGAGAUCAUGGUGAGAAGUGGUGCUCACUUUUUCCACACCCCUUAAUAUGACUCUACGCUAGAUAACCAUUGUGGUCACAGCCAGAAAACCAUUGUUUGCAGUGACUGAGCUUUUGUGUGACAUUUCACCAGAUAGCUCGAGCUAAGAUUAUUGUUCUACUUUGUAUUUACUACUGUGUGAAUCAGUUGGUUGCACUUCAGGUUUCUGCUUAAAUUCCUGGCACUAAAUGAAGUGUGUUUGGUUCUAAAAAAAAAAAAA